AUGGAUGCAAUGUGUCCCGAAGGAUUAGCGGAGCGAAAAAAGGAGACGAAUCAAAGGCAAAUAAAGGUGGCACGGAUUGGAAUGGUGGUAAAAUGUUGCUUUAACAAUCAGUAUUUGUGGAUAUUAGCUAAGGGACGAAUGAUACGGAAAAGGAAAGUUGACAAAACACUGCGUAGUCAACUGAAAAGAAACAAAUCAAAACGCUCAAGUGUAUGCUACCACACUGCGGCUGGUGAUGAUGAAGUUGAAGAGUCCAAUGUUGCGAGUCGAGCAGUCUAUUCGGAAUCGAUCCCUACAGGUACUGUCGUGAUGUGCAAUUUCAAUGCAAAACUGGGCGAGCAGAGAGUUCCACGGACAGAAGAGCGCAAACGUAUACGCCAUGACUUACAACAACCACAACAGCAACGGAAGAGGAAAAUGGGCGUCGCGAUUUACCGCAUUGAGCAAUUGAAUCGAACGGCUGCCCAGUUCGAUGAACAGAGCGAAGUGGCACAGUGCUACUGGGAGAUGGCGGAAACAGCAGCUGUCUAG